AUGGGCGGGCCGCUAGGCGCCAUCAUUGGCCGCUACCCCUCGGCCACCACCACCGGCGCGGGCGGAGAGGACGCCGAGCAGCUGGGCGGCCGCGGCGGGGACAGCAGCAGCAACCUGGGCAUCAUACGGCACGACCGCCGGUGCCGCGACCUGGCCUUCCUCGUCCUCUUCGCCGCCUUCUGGGUCGCCAUGAUCGUCAACUCCAGCUUCGGCUUCAACCAGGGCAACCCCCUCAGGCUGACAUACGAGCUGGACUACAAAGGCAACGUCUGCGGCGACAGGCACGGCGACCCGGACGUGCACGAGCUCGAGGUCAGGUACUGGAUGGACCCCAACCAGGUGUACCAGAGCGGGGUCAAGAGCAGCAAGGUUAACCUGGCUGACGCUAAAGCCAUCUGCCUCAUGGAGUGCCCCACACCGUCCUCGGAUACACUCAACUUCGUUUGCGAUUAUCCGGAAGGGGAUAUAAAGCUCUCCGUUGACGACUGGAUCAACAGGGACUAUGAUUACUUUGAGUUUCUCACGCCAGACAUGAGGAACAGCUCCCUUCAGCUUCAGGGUCCGUGCUACCCCGUCAUAUUCCCAAGCGUGAAUGUUUACUGGAGCUGCCAAUAUAUUGCCCGGGCAUCCAAUGCUUCUUUGAACAAAUGGCUGGCGAUGGGUGGUGCAAAAAUUGAAGAAAAUAUGCUUAUUGAUAAAACAAUCCACAAGGCCAUCGAUGCAAGAUCUGCAGUCCUCAAGAGGUAUGUUGCAGACAUUGGGAAGUCCUGGCCUGUCUUAAUCGUGUGUGGUGGACUUCUUCCUCUUUUCUUGUCAGUGAUCUGGUUGCUGAUGAUUCGCUACUUUGUUGCUGCCAUGACGUGGAUAACAGUGGUGCUCUUCAAUGCCCUUGUAAUAUCUGUUACUAUGUUCUGUUACAUCAAAGCUGGUUGGAUUGGAAAUGACCCCUUAACAGUUGUUAUUGGAGAAAGUGAUCCAUAUGUCCACAUAAGCGGGCGGGAAAUAAGCCACCUCCAUGCUGCUACAGUGCUGAUGACAGUAAUAAUGAUCAUUGCUUUCCUGUCCUCAAUAGCUAUUGUCAGGCGUAUACUGUUCGCCACACCUGUCCUAAAGGUUGCUGCUAAGGUCAUUGGUGAAGUCCAGGCAUUGAUAAUUUUUCCGGUUGUGCCCUACUUCAUCCUCGCUAUCUUCUACAUGUUCUGGUUCUCCGCCAUGCUCCAUCUCUUCAGCUCAGGUCAAGUUCUCCGAAACGACUGCAGCACGGAUUGUUGCACGUACGAUCUGAAGCUCAGCAAAGUAAACUGUGACAACUGUUGUGGGUACAGCAUCCAUUACACCCCACACAUUGGCAUUGCCAUUCUCUUCCACUUAUUCGGCUGUUACUGGGCGACUCAGUUCUUUAUGGCGUGUUCUUCAACUGUGGUUGCUGGAUCAGUUGCUUCGUACUACUGGGCCCGUGGCGAAAUAUCUCACGAGAUACCAUUUUUUAGCGUCGUCUCUUCGCUCAAGCGGCUGCUGCGGUACAACCUUGGGUCUGCUGCGAUAGGUUCGCUUGUUGUAUCUGCUGUUGAGUGGGUGCGGUUUAUACUAGAAUGCCUCCGCCGCAAGUUGAAGCUAGUUGAUUCUGCUCGGGAGAGCUGCUGUGGGAAAGUGACAUCGUCCUCAUCUCAAUGCUGCCUCGGCUGCAUAGACUGGACCCUCAUGUCUGUAAACCGAAAUGCCUAUAUAAUGAUUGCCAUUACUGGGAAAGGUUUCUUCAAAGCCUCCGUGCUAGCGACAGGUCUAAUAAUGAACAACAUACUGCGCAUCGGAAAAGUCAAUGUUAUCGGAGACGUGAUCCUCUUCCUGGGGAAACUGUGCGUGAGCUUAUUCUGCGCUCUCUUCGCGUUCCUCAUGCUGGACACUCACAAGUACAAGUCUGCGCACAACAAGAUAUCGUCCCCGCUGGUUCCUGUGAUUGUAACGUGGGCCCUCGGUUACACGGUGGCCAAGCUGUUCUUUGCGGUUGUCGAGAUGUCCAUCGACACAAUAAUCCUCUCGUUCUGCCAGGACGCCGAGGAGCACCAGGGGACCGCGCAGUACGCGCCGCCUCUUCUCAUGGAAACGUUGGACGAGCAGAGCGAGCUGCAAAGACUAACUCAAGGGCCUUGAAUUCCUCUCUGUUAAAACUAGAGCUAAAAUGGUAGUAGUGCAGUAGAAAAUUGAUCAUUGCAUUUCAAAAAAAAAAAAAAUCACUGGUCCUCUUUCAUGAUCUUGGCUUGCCGAUCUCAUGUAGUCUUUUGGAGUAUGAGCCAUCUGGGUUAAUUUGUUGACCUGAUAGGUGAGUAUUAGGCUCCUUAUCUAGUGUGUGUGUGUGCGCGCCUGGCUAAUGCAUUGUUUAGUGAAGUCAACUGGAAGCUUGGAAUCCAUGGCAAUUACCUGUGCUGAUGAGUUAUUCUGUUCCUUA